AUGAUGGCAGCAGUAUCCCAACUGGCAGCUCCAAGCAGUCGAAUUCUUGUGGAUGUGCCGUGUAGAGUCUGUCAAGAUCAUUCCUCGGGGAAGCACUAUGGGAUAUUUUCAUGCGACGGAUGUGCUGGGUUUUUUAAGCGUUCAAUCCGACGACACCGUCAAUAUGUCUGCAAAAACAAAGGGAAUUUCGAUGAGGGGCGAUGCAUUGUGGACAAAACACACCGUAACCAAUGCAGGGCAUGCCGACUAAGAAAGUGCCUCGAAAUCGGUAUGAACAAAGACGCCGUUCAACACGAAAGAGGUCCUCGUAACUCAAGUUUAAGACGGCAACAGAUGAUGUUCGAACAUGGAUCAUCUCCUCAUUCGCCUGAAAUCGGAUCCGAAAAUGAUGCUCUGAUUCUUCCACCGACAUCAAUAGAUCGAGAUUCAGUGGUCGGUACUGCGGCUCGUAUAUUUUUUGCUCUGGUUGGAUACUGUCAAAAUGCGUUGACAGGAGUUCCAAGGGAACAACAAUUGGCAAUUUUCCAACAGCACUGGGCUACUCUUCUUCUGCUCCAUGCCACAGAGUCAAGAGCCAUCACUUCCCGACAAAUUAGAAAUGAGGUGACUUCUGGAACUUCGAAACUUAGGAAUGAGGUGGCAGCGGCCUUCGAAAUGAUUGAAGGAUUACAUUUGGAUACUCGAGAGUAUUCUCUUCUGAAAAUUAUGACAUUGAUGAGAGCGACUCCAAAUGGUCAACAGAUUGCAUACCAAUUGAUGACAUUGCAAGCAGUCACCCAUCGGACGGAUCAGUUGAGAUUCUGGAAGUGCUACACAGCAACAACGACAACUCCAACAUCUGCCAUUAUCGAUGUUCUGUUCCGUCCGUCAAUCGGAUCAGCAUCAAUGACUCGAUUGAUUGAAGACAUGUUUAAACCACCGAAACCACCAAGCUCUCUGUUCCCAAUUCCAAACUUCCAUCUCAAUCUGAUAGUGAAACCAGAAAAGACUGAAGAUGAAGAAGAGGAAGAAGAUGUUGAAGUAGAAGAAGAGGAGGAGGAUGAUGCCAGAAGUAGCAAUCACUUUGAUGAGGACUCGUCCACUGAGGAUAGUGGAAUGGAUUCUCUACAACUUCUGAUGAAAUUGAAUAUGUUGUCACAGUCGGCAUCUUCAUCACCUUCUUCCUCGAAGCCACGUCAUUCGAUUCGAUCAAUCACGGAAUUGUUAGCGAUCGAAGAGAACGAAGAAAAAGAAAAAGAAUUUGUGAAGGCCGAUGAAGUGCAGGCAGUUUGA